CCGCUUCCGGGAGGACCUCCUUCUCCGCUGUGGGAUCGAAGCUGCAACCUCGAAGCCCGGUAGCUUUACCUGGGGAGUCCCGCAUCAGUGACCAUGAAACACGCCAUCUUCCUCCCCCUCUCCGAUCCGGCUUGCGUGCUAGUGUUGCUAGCAACUUGGGUUUGCACUCCAACAAGAAGUGAAAUACUAAGUCUAGAGAGUGGAAAUAUAGAUGACAUUUUAAGUAAUGCAGAUGUUGCUUUAGUUAAUUUUUAUGCGGACUGGUGCAGAUUUAGUCAAAUGCUUCAUCCUAUAUUUGAGGAGGCGUCAAAUAUAAUUAGAGAAGAAUUUCCAGAAAACAAUAGGGUAGUCUUUGCCAGAGUGGAUUGUGAUCAACAUGCGGAUAUUGCCCAGAGAUAUAGGAUAAGCAAAUACCCCACAUUAAAACUAUUUAGAAAUGGAAUGAUGAUGAAGCGAGAGUAUCGAGGACAACGCUCCGUAACGGCAAUAGCGGAUUAUAUGAGACAACAGAGAAGUGAUCCUGUUCGAGAAGUUCCGGACUUGGAGGAAUUCAAACUUGUUGAUCGUAGUAAAAGAAAUAUCAUUGGAUUUUUUGAAAACAAAGAAUCUGAAAACUACAGAACGUUUGAAAAAGUGGCAAAUAUUUUACAUGAUGAUUGCGUCUUCCUUGCAGCUUUUGGGGAGGUUUCAAAGCCAGAGAGAUUUAGUGGGGAUAAUAUUAUUUACAGACCUAUUGGGGACAAUUCUCCAGACAUGGUCUAUUUGGGAUCUCUUACCAACUUUGACUUGGCCUUUGCAUGGACGCAAGAUAAAUGUGUCCCUCUUGUUCGAGAAAUUACAUUUGAAAAUGGAGAGGAAUUGACAGAAGAAGGACUUCCAUUUCUUAUACUUUUCCAUAUGAAAGAUGAUACCGCGAGUUUAGAAAAUUUCCAACAAGAAGUUGCUCGACAAUUAAUUAGUGAAAAAGGCACAAUCAAUUUUCUACAUGCUGACUGUGAUAAAUUCAGACAUCCUCUUUUGCAUAUACAGAAGACUCCUGCUGAUUGUCCUGUAAUAGCCAUUGAUAGCUUUAGGCAUAUGUAUGUCUUUUCAGAUUAUAAGGAUUUGUCUAUUUCCGGUAAGCUAAAACAGUUUGUGUUGGAUCUACAUUCUGGAAAAUUGCAUAGAGAAUUUCAUCAUGGACCAGAUCCAACUGAUAUAGCUCCUGAUCAACAGCAAAUUCAAGAUAUAGCGAGCAGUCCUCCAGACAGCUCAUUUCAGAAGUUAGCGCCAAGUGAAUAUAGGUAUACCAUACUGAAAAGGGAUCGGGAUGAGCUUUAAGAAACUUUGGAAGCCUUGAAACAACAUCAACUUCUGUAUGGUGGAAAUAUUACCUAUAUUUUCAUAACUCUGUAUUUUUUAUUUGGGAUAAACAGAAAAAAAAAUGAAUAAAUGGUUUAUUUUUUAUUUGCCCCACAAGUUUGUAAAUACAUUUUUUUUGUUUUGUAGGUUUUUUCUGUACAGACUUUUAAAGACCUAUACCCAAUGCAAAAUCUCUGUUUUUGAACCAACUUUGUCCUGUUUUAUAAAUCAUACAAUUUUGUCAUUACAAAGAUACCUAUGAUGUUAACUUGCACUACCCCAUUAAAUUGGAGUUUUUGGAGGUUG